UUACAAAAUCCAUUUUUUGUACUUUUUUUCUUAACCCUAGCGAGAGAGAAGAAGAAGAAGAUCGCUGUGUGUGUAUAUCAUAUACAAAUAUAUAUGUAUAUAUAUCGCGGGAGCAAAUUGAUACAGAUUUACAGAAGUUCAACGGUGGAUUGCAUCUGAUUUGAAAGGUACAUAAAUAUUUUGAAAAAUGGCAGAUGACAUUUCAAGCUUUUGGGGUCCUGUAACAUCUACCAAAGAGUGGUGUGAGCUAAAUUAUGUCCGCUCCUCCUAUAUUGCAGAGUUCUUUAAUACCAUAUCAAAUGUCCCAUGCAUUAUUUUGGCUUUGAUUGGUCUUGUGAAUGCCCUCAGACAGCGGUUUGAGAAAAGGUUCUGUGUCCUUCAUAUGUCAAAUAUAAUACUUGCCUUAGGGAGCAUGAUAUAUCAUGCCACGUUGGGGCAGAUGCAACAGCAAGGUGAUGAGACACCCAUGGUCUGGGAAAUGCUUCUCUACAUUUAUAUCAUUUAUUCACCAGAUUGGCAUUACAAGACUACAAUGCCCACAUUUUUGUUCCUUUAUGGUGUAGUAUUUGCCAUUCUGCAUUCGCAGAUUCGCUUUGGUAUUGGUUUCAUGCUACAUUAUGCACUAUUGUGCCUUCUAUGCAUUCCUCGCACAUAUAAGUAUUACAUUCAUACAGAAGACAGAUCCGCAAAGCAGCUUGCAAAGUUAUAUGUGGCCACUUUAUUAGUUGGAGCUGCCUGCUGGCUGUGUGAUCGUCUAUUCUGCAAGCACAUUUCAAGCUGGUACUUCAAUCCACAAGGUCAUGCACUAUGGCAUGUCCUUAUGGGUUUCAAUGUGUACUUUGCAAAUACGUUCUUGAUGUACUGUCGUGCUCAGCAAAGAGAAUGGAAUCCAAAAAUCAAGCACUUCCUCGGAUUUUUCCCAUAUGUAAAGAUCCAUAAACUAAAAGCUCAGUAGCACAAGCUAUUACUCCAAACUCGGCCUGUAAGAAAAAAAAAAGCCGCGCAUGAAAUGGCACCAAGGAACAACAAGUGCUACUGAUUUUUUGUCUUCUCCAUUUUGCAGAUGUGUAAAUGAAAGUUUGAAUUAGUUUCAUUUUUUACUGUAAAAUUAGUGGUCAACCGGUGUACCAUAUAUAUUUAUACUUCUAUAGAAGGGUGACAUGACUAGCUAGUAGUCUUUUUUCUAAUGUUUUUGCUUUUGCAUUUUGGGAACUGUUAUAAACAUGGUUUAUUUUGCUAUUAUGCAAGUGCCCACAGAUGUGGUUUUUGAUUAUGAA